GGGGGCUUGAGACACAGACCACCGAUAAAAAAAAGAAACAGAAAAAAAUUAAAAAGGUGAAUUGCUGAAAACUGGUCAACAGACUUUGGCUACGGUUUUAUUCGUAAACAGACAUCGGACAUCACGGUAGUGAUUUUGUGUAGCGUGCGCGUUUUCAGUAACUGCUACUACAAUUUGCGCCUAUGUCGCUAUUGUCGUUUUAGUCUUAGUAACAGUCGUCGGUUAGUUUAACUUGGUGUUCCAGCAUUUAUUAGUGAUCAAUAAGCCAACGGACGCACGCGUUGCAUCGGCAGCUGUGAUCACUGCAUCGUAGUGGCGCUUCGAAAGUGAAUCAUAAGUGGAUAGUGGAUUGGAAUAGUGCCGGGAAAUUGAAGACAUCAUAUCGCAGCAAAAAAAAAUGAAGCGGUUUGGCGAAUUGAUUCUAUGUUUGGGGUUGGCUGCAGUUUGUCGAGCUGCCGCUGUCCCACAGUGCCCUGAACCCCACGGCGAGCAAGCCUAUCUGCAUCCGGAUCAUUGCGACCAGUUCUUUCUCUGCACGAACGGGACGCUGACAUUGGAAACAUGUGAAAACGGUUUGCUGUUCGAUGGCAAAGGAGCAGUCCAUAAUCACUGCAACUACAACUGGGCUGUAGAUUGUGGAGAUCGUAAAUUCGCGACCGAUCAAACUCCAAUUUCGACUCCAGGUUGUGAAUAUUUGUUCGGUGUUUAUCCUGACAGUCAUGAGUGUUCCACCACGUACUCAAAGUGUGCUUACGGUGAAGUUCACCCGGAGCAUUGUGAACCAGGACUAGUUUACGAUCACCGCAUUCAUGGUUGCCAGUGGCCUGAUCAAUUAUUGGAAGCGUGUAAUCCAGAGGCUGUGAUUGGAUUCAAAUGCCCAUCCGCAGUGCCAGAUAAUUCGAUUAAUCAUCGAUUCUGGCCAUACCCAAGAUUCCCUGUGCCCGGAGAUUGUCACCGUUUGAUCACCUGUGUCGAUGGUCAUCCACGCUUGAUCACCUGCGGCGAAGGAAAGGUGUUCAACGAGGAUUCCCUUACUUGUGAAGAUCCAGAAGAUGCACCACAUGCCUGCAGACAUUAGACAUACGUCUUGAGAGAAACAAGUCCCUAAUUAUUUAUUAAAUUUGUAUAAAGUCCAGAUCAUUUCCAUUCUUCCAUACACAGUGUUAUUAGUCCAGAUUCCGUUUGUUUCCAAAAUGUACAGAAUUGUUACCACAUUGACUGUUUCAUCAUUGUACUGUUUCCGUUUUAUGUAAAAUAUUAAAUCGAAUAAUAAAGCUAAGCAAACCUGAAUCAAUAA